AUGUCGUCGAAGACACAGAAGGAGUUCAAGGACGCCGCUUCGAAGCUAUCGAACAAGGCCGCCCGUGAUCUUGCGGCUAAAUAUGGCAUCGACGCUAGCAGUGGUUUCUUCUGGGACUGGGAUGCGCCUCGUACUCGCGAGGGCUUCUACCAGUACCGUGGCGGCACGCAAUGUGCUGUGAACCGUGCGGUGGCAUUCGCCCCUUAUGCUGACCUUCUGUGGAUGGAGACCAAGUCGCCUAUCCUUGCGCAGGCCAAAGAGUUUGCUGACGGAGUGCAUGCCGUGUACCCAAACCAAUGGCUCGCCUAUAACCUCUCGCCUUCGUUCAACUGGGAUGCCGCAAAGCUGUCGGAGCAGCAGAUGAAGGAUUAUGUGUGGGAUCUGGGCAAGCUCGGCUUUGUGUGGCAGUUCAUCACUCUCGGUGGACUGCAUUCGACAGCUUACAUCACCGACUUGUUCGCCAAAGGUUUCGCCAAGGAAGGUAUGAAGGCUUAUGUGUCGCUUGUGCAGCGCCGUGAGCGUGAGAUUGGCUGCGACGUUCUGACGCACCAAAAGUGGAGUGGUGCCGAUUUCAUCGACAACCUACUCAAGACCGUGACGGGUGGUGUUUCGUCGACAGCCGCUAUGGGCAAGGGUGUCACUGAGACUCAGUUCAGCAAGUAA